UUUUGAAGGCGCCCACCGGAAGUGUCGCGAGACAGUCGGUUGGCGCGGCUGCAUGCGCGCGGCUCGCAUUCCGACGGGAGCGCGAUGUGACCGCGGCGUCUCUCCUGAACCCGCGAAGCGAUUCAGACGGAAUACCGACUCGAAUCACGGAGAUGUCCACCGGGAAGGAGUCGAGCGCGUGCCCGGACGGCUACCGGGCUCUGAGCGAGAGCGAGCUGCGCGAGCUUCUCCACCGCGACGACAAAAUGGACCAAAUCCUCCGGCUGAAUGAGAAGCUCCAGCAGCUCCGGGUGGAGCGGGAGGCGCUGCAGACCUCCAACCGGAGGCUGGCGGAGCACAGCCUGGCCCGGAGGCCCCGCCUCUGCAGCGGCAAGCUGCAACUGGCGGUGAAAUACCGGGAGCUGUCCAACCUGGCAACCACGUGCCGGGAGAAACAGAGCCAGCUCGGAGCUGGAGUCCAGCAGCAGAACCUGCAGACGGCUCAGAACCUCCUGCAGGAGGAGGUGGACACUGCUGAGGAGCGUUCAGAGGAGCUGCUGGAGGCAUUCAUGGAGGGGACCGUGAGCCUGGACCGCUUCCUGGACCGCUUCCAGAGCUGCAGGAGGACCUGCCACGCCCGGCGGGCGCAGGCCGAGAAGAUGCAGGAGGCGGCGCGGGCCGAGAGGCCGGGCGGGGGUCUGAAGAGGGACCCGGACACGCCUCGGGACCCCCAGAGGGACUCGGACCCCCAGAGGGACCCCCAGAGGGACCCCCACAGGGACUCGGACCCCCACAGGCCCAACGGCUUCGUGGCUCAGGGGCCCCUCCGGGUGUUCCAGGUCCGCUACGGCCUCACGCCCGCCAUCCUCCUCCCCCAUUACCCCGUGGCUCCGCCCUCCUCGGCGCCGAGCCACCGCAGCUGCACCGCGCCGCCCGAGCCGGGUCAGACCCACAUCCUCAGCACCGGCAGCCCGAUGCCGGGUCACGGCCCGCCCGUCGGCCUCCGGGUCAUCGGACAGAUACCGGGCGGCUGGCCGGGGAACGGGCGACCGGUCAGAGUCCAGCAGCUUUACAGGCCCAACCCACAACAACCAGAACCACCGUACCGAUGAGGAGGAGGAGGAGGAGGAGGAGGAGGAGGAGCCAGUGUGACAGGUCUUCUGAGACACGGAAGCAAACUUUCACACGUCAGCUGAGAGACUGAGAGAGCAGACCACAGACACACACACACACACACACACACACACACACACACACACACACAGA